AUGACGUCGCCGAACGGAGCAGGUCAUGCGCCUCCGAGCGAAGCAUCGCACGUGUAUGUAGAACAACCGGCUGCUUAUACGGAUGCGACGCAAACGACACACGAUACGUCUGAUGCCGCGGGAGCACGGGCUACAACCGACGCCAGUCACAAUGCUGGACAGUCUGGCAUUGAGAAAGACGUCGGCACAAUUCUCGCAGGCCUAAAUCAGGAACAGCUAGAAAGUAUUGUCGCUGCUGCGCGUGCCACAGACAGCAGUGACCAGCAUGGCUAUGGGACGAACCAGUAUGACACAGCCAAUGCACUAGCACAUCUUCCUCCAGGCUUAGGGCAAGCAGCCUCGACCUUGACGUCAUUUGCGUCUUCGUUCAAGCGUACGAAUCCACCAGUCAUUCCGACCGACGAGGAGAUCACGGCUGGAACGGCUCUUUCCGACCCUCCGACUCACCUGGGCGAUGCACCUCCGCCGCCAGGGAUGGAACAUGACAUGCAUCAUCAGCGCCACGUUCACAGUCAGGCGCACAAGAAUGCCACAUCUGCUGCACAUGAAUCAGCAGCGACUGCGGCCGCCCUAGCAGCAAUGGGCACUCUGGCAGGUCGUCAGCUGCCGCCUCAAUCCCAAGCUCAUGCACUAGGCCAAAGGGACGGGACUCUUGGUGCAGAUGCCACUGGCAUGGACGCAAAGUUUGUCAAUGAUCACACCUUGAACAGCGCGCGAUACAAACGCAAAGGUCCUGAGCUUGACCGACAGCGCAAAGACAAUCACAAGGAGGUAGAGCGUCGGCGUCGCUCAGCCAUCAACGACGGCAUUGUUCAGCUCUCGCAGAUUGUGCCAGGGUGUGACGUCAAAAACACGAACAAAGGAUCGAUCAUCAUUGCUGCCGUGAGAUAUAUCCAGGAUCUCAAGAACAAUGAGGCGAGUAAUAUUGAGAAAUGGACUUUGGAAAAGCUGUUGAUGGACCAGGCCAUGAACGACCUUAGUAUGUCGCUGGACGAGAGUCGGCGCGAGGUCGAACGGUUGCGUGCCCAGCUCGGAAUGGCAGAAGCCAACAGCUCAGCGGGAGCCAGUGAAAAACAUGCAGGAGCACCAGGUGCGGCCGGUGGCACGCAUCACUAUCCUGCUCAGCGCUUCCCUGGACAGCCACCGUUCCAAACCGAUUCCAACGAUGGCACACAUGCCGGCCCAGAUUUGGGCGUCUCAUUGGACCAGAGUCAUGUUGCGCAUGGCGCACCUGGCACAGGUCUUGAUCAUACGAGCAUGCUUGGAUCGCACGGCCUUGAUACUGAUGCGAACAAGAGGCCCCGUCUUGUGUGA